AUGACUAGUUAUAAACAUCUGGACCUAGCCUCGUACGAAAUCAGAAUGCUAGUCAUAAAUGACGCCAGAGACGAUGAAACAUUGCAAUGCACUUUGGAAUAUACCUCUUUGCUUAAUCCAGGGCCAUAUUCUGCACUGUCAUAUCGCUGGGGCGAGGCGACCAAUACAAAGCAGAUUAUUUUGAAUGAUUCUCUUGUAGAAGUCACAGCCAAUCUUGAGGCAGCCCUGAAGCAGCUUCAAUCUCAUGGCCAUAAGAGAAUAUGGGCUGAUGCAUUAUGCAUCAAUCAAACCGAUCUGGAAGAACGGGGUCUUCAGGUUCGCAACAUGCAACUAAUAUACUCCAAAGCCCAAACUGUCGUUGCAUGGAUUGGAAACGAUGAGGAAAACAUCGCUACGGCCGUGGCAUACCUUUUGAAGACGAAAGCUUUCCAAUGGCUCCCUGCUAGGAGACGCACUGCAUGUUCUCUCCCUUCAAACCGCGAAAUUAGACAAACGCAGCUUGUGUUUGGAGUUCAUUCGUCGAUUGCGGAUCAAUGGACCCAACAAAGAUGGAGGAUAUUCGGCGACUUUUUCGAUCUGGUCUAUUGGAAAAGAGUCUGGAUCAUUCAAGAACUUGCCUCCAGCUCUGAGAUUAAGGUGAUUUUUGGGAAAACUGAAGUAUCAUGGAAGUCUAUCCUGAGCGCUGUAACCUAUCUGGGAGAUCAUUCGAAAGAAGUUCCUGGGAAUUGUCAAUCAUAUGAGAUUGCUGCCCAGCUUCAUCAUUUUCGAUGCAUCUUCCUCUCGAAUAAUCAAACGCCGAUAACUCUCAACGAAGCUCUUCAGUGGAGCCAUUAUGCACAAGCAACCGACCCUCGCGAUAAGAUCUAUGCACUUCUGGGUUUGACCUCUGAUGGCUUCAAGAUUAUUCCAAUGCCCAAUUACAAGCAACCUCUUGAACAGAUCCAUGAAAAUAUGACAAAAGCGAUGUUUGUUAUGGAGAGGUCUUUGGAAUCCAUCUGUAUGAGAGGUCUCGGUUGUCAUGAAGACAGCCAGCCAUCUUGGGUAUCCGAUUGGGCUUAUUUCUGGUCGAGCCCAAGAACUAUUCAGGAAGAACGGAUAUUCAGACGUAAAAUUUCAUACCCUUCCAUUCCGUUCUUCCAGACCAUGGAAUCCGGGAUCCUAGAGAUAGAAGGGAAUAACGUGGGCGCUGUGUGUGCACUAAGCUCGUCUUUAAGCCCAAUAAAAGAAGCCGGAGCACGAUCUUCUCGCAGGAUCGAACCUGAUGAAAUUGAUAGACUUCUACCCACUCUUUUACAAAGUCUCCGGAACAACUAUCCAUCAGGAAUUGUAACUGCUCUUUCGGAAACUCUAUGCCUGAAUCAUACAGGAUCAGCCGACAACGGUGGAAACGAGGGCCUCAAUUUUUGCACUCCUCAAGACUGCUUUUAUAACCUGUGGCACCCUGAAUGCCGAAAGUCAUUGCAAGGUCUCCCACUGCUUCAGUGGCUGGACGAAAAUGCAUCUUUGAAGAUAGGAUCGCUCAAUCUAUUAGAAUGGACACAAUCUCAAUCCAGGACGAGCCGUCUCAAAAGGUCACUCAACGUAUGGCAUCCGUCGUAUCACGAUCUGGACCAACAAAGAUACAUUGCAGCGAUGACUGAAGUUUUGCAAGGCUCUAUGCGACUCAUGGUAACUGAAACAGGCUUUCUUGGCUUAGCUCCCCUAAGAACCCAGAUUGGCGACACAGUUCAUUAUAUCAGGGGCUGCAGCGAACCCCUGGUUCUUAGAAAACGAGAAAUCUCAGUUACAGAAAAGAGAUCUCGGGAAUACCAGGUAAUAGGCGGCGCUCAUGUGCAGGUUGAUCAUACUUUCCCUGGAGCUUCCAGGUUCGACAUAUGGGCUGAUGACCAUUUUGGCACAGGUAUUCAUAAGAUAAUUCUCACCUAA